AUGGCGACGGGGAAACCGACAAUUCUAUACAUAGGACAGCCGAUCUUGUUUGCCCACGAGGCAUGGGCUCGAUUCAAGGAAAACUUCAAUAUUGUCUUCUACGACCUGCACAGCAAAGAAGAAGCCAUCGCGGCGUUUUCGGAGAUGGGCAAAUACUCCCGGAUUGAUGGUAUUGUUCGACCAAACCUUGCGCCGAACAUGCUCGCAUCGCUGGAUAAAGAAUUGGUCAACCAUUUGCCGGCUUCCUGCAAGAUCGUGUCUUACUGCAACCACGGCUAUGAUGGGGAAGACACUGAAGCACUCGAACAGAGAGGUAUCUGGUACUGCAACGGGGCGGGAGGCGCAACAGAUGCCACUGCAGAUACAGCUCUCUUCUUGAUUCUGGCGACAUUCCGGUACACAACAUUCUGCGAAUUGACGCUGAGAGAAAAGAAGUCCGCCGACUGGUUCUUCGUUGAGGAGAUGUGUAGUCAAUCACACGACCCUCGCGGCAAGGUACUUGGAGUGGUUGGCUUGGGCGAGAUCGGCGCAGCAGCUGCCAUGCGAGCGAGAGCCCUAGGGAUGAUGAUUCACUAUUUCAACCGCAGAAAAAGGCCCGCAGUUGAAGAGUCUCUCGGUGGUGCUCUUUAUCACGACAAUAUCGAGUCGUUGCUCAAGGUGUCGGACUGUGUAUUGCUUGCAUGUCCACAUACUCCUCAAACGCAUCGUCUCCUUAACAAGCAAGCCCUCCAAUUGAUGAAAAGAGGAAGUCGCAUUGUGAACAUUGGGAGAGGAAAGUGUGUUGAUGAAGAAGCCCUGGCACAAGCCUUGGAGGAAGGUCACAUAUCGAGCGCCGGACUGGAUGUGUUCCAUGACGAGCCUGUUGUUCAUCCGAAGCUCCUUGAGAGCUGGAAAGUCACCUUGCUCCCUCACAUAGGUGGCGGAACACUAGAAACAAGCAAGAAAUUUGAGGAAAUCGCAAUGCAAAAUAUUGAAGCAUAUUUCUUGGGAGACGGAAAACCUUUGACACCGAUCAACGAUGUGUCUUCCGAACGAAUCGACACUACUAGGGUGUAG